AUGGCCGCCUGCGGCAGCUCAGUUAAAAUGCAGCGGAAGCAGCAACCAGUCACGGGGCUGCGGGAGGCAGGGCAGCAAGGUGGCGCUGCCGCCGAGCGCCUAGAGCAUGAGCGCCCAACAUGGCGGCAAGGGCAAUGGCCGCUGUGGGGAGCGAGCACGCCCCCUCCGCGUGCAUACGCUGCCGUGCCGGGCCUCCGGGGCCCGUCACCGGCGCCGCCGCCGCCGCCCGCUCUCCGACCCCCCCUCACGGGCUGUAGCGGAAUUUUCUCUUCAGACACCGCCUUCAAGAUGGCGGCUCCCCCUCCCGACAACCCCCUCAAUCGUCCCCUGCAGCAGGCGCCGAGCCGCCGCCAUCUUGUCCCCCGUCCCUCCCCCCCCCCUCGCCGAUAUUUACAUAGCGAAAAUCGGCCCGGCCGGCCUGCGGCCUUCACCUCACGCCUGCAGCCUUCGCCACCUUGCCAGGCCUCGCCCCCGCGCGGUGCCCCGGGAAGGCCGCGGCGCCUCCCGGGCCACCGGGCGACCCUCCCCCAAUCUCCGCCCGUUCAAGGAGCGCGCAUCCGCCGCCGCUCGGGGCCCGCGACCACUGAGGCAGGAGAGAACCACUCGUUCCCCGGGGGCUUCACCGGGGGGCUCACCGUGCGUCCUGUGCGCCGCUCGCUCUCCUGGGUUCUGGCCCCCAACGUCGCGACUUACAGAAGAGCCGCGGUGCCGCCUUCACGUCGGCUGCACCCCGACGGGGUCGGGGCCGCUUUGCCCUCCAGCGGCCUCCGCUCUCUUCCCGCCCCCGGCUCAGGGCCCCCCGCGGCCCGGUCACCCUGCACGGAAGAGCCUCUCGCCCCGGAGCCGCUCGGCGGGCUCUCGGCCGCGUGCUCGCCCUCGGGUCCCCGGCGGCGGCCCGCCGGCCGGAGGCAGAGGACUGGCCGCGGGCCGAGGCGGCUACGGUUCGAGGUGCCGGCAGAAUGCGAAGGUCGCGGCGAGGAACCACCGGCAGAGAGCAGACAGGAAGGGGGGGGUUGGCCCGCAAGCGCCAAGGGCCCGCGACGGGGAGGUCCGGAGUCGCCCCGCAGGCGAUGA